AUUCCUUAAGUAAACAUACCAAUGAAACCAAAAUCUCUUAGGGUUCAGUUGUAAGCUAUAUAUUAUAUAUAUUAUAUAUCCUUGAAAACUAUUGCUGUCCCAUAGAAGAGAAGAGAGUGAUCAAUUUCCUGGAAGAUGAGAGCAAGAAUUUGUAGUGUACAGCAGGCUCUUACUGCUGAGGCUGCAAAUAUUGUGAAACAAGCUGUUAGCCUCUCUAGGCGGCGAGGCCAUGCCCAAGUCACUCCCCUCCACGUCGCAACAGUUAUGCUUGCUUCCUCCAAUGGCCUUCUUAGAAGGGCCUGUUUCCACUCUCACUCUCAUCCUCUCCAGUGUAAGGCAUUAGAGCUUUGCUUCAAUGUGGCUCUAAAUCGCCUCCCUGCGUCCACUGCUAGUGCCUUAUUUUGCCCUCACUCCUCUUAUCCUUCUCUUUCAAAUGCCUUGGUUGCUGCCUUUAAGCGUGCUCAGGCUCACCAACGGCGAGGCUCCAUUGAAAACCAGCAACAACCCAUUUUAGCUUUGAAGAUUGAGAUAGAGCAGUUGAUAAUCUCUAUUCUUGAUGAUCCUAGUGUUAGUAGAGUCAUGAGGGAAGCUGGUUUCUCGAGUACCCAAGUGAAGAACCAGGUAGAACAGGCUGUUUCUUUAGAGAUCUGUUCUCAAAGCACUACUCCUACCAAAGAAAUCACCAAACCUCAAGUUUUUAGCAAUAAUAAUGUGUCUCAAUCUCUACCUUUCAGUCAGUUGGGUGUAGCAAUAAGCAACAAUGAUGAUGUAAUGAGUGUUUUGAACGCACUAGCCGAAAAAAAGAGAAACACAGUUGUUAUAGGAGAGUGUCUAGCUAGUACUGAAAGUGUUGUUAGAGGAGUCAAGGAUAAGAUUGAGAGAAAUAUUGCUCCUGGAGAGUUGAGGUCUGCGAGGUUCAUAAGCUUUCCUAUCUUCUCUUUGAAAGAUCUUCCAAAAGUGGAGGUUGAGCAGAAGCUUGUGGAGCUUAGGUGCAUUGUCAAAAGCUAUAUCAGUAGAGGGAUUGUUUUGUAUUUAGGUGAUCUUAAAUGGGUUUCCGAUUUUUGGUCUAACCAUAUUGAUCAGCAAAGGAGAAGCUAUUACUGCUCUGUGGAGCACAUGAUCACGGAGCUUAAAAGAUUAGUUCAUGGAAUCAGUGAAACUGGAAGAUUGUGGCUAAUGGGAAUUGCAACUUUCCAAACUUACAUGAAGUGUAAGGCAGGCCACCCGUCUCUUGAGACUAUUUGGGAAUUGUAUCCUUUCACAAUUCCAGCAGGAAGCCUGAGCCUAAGUCUCAAUCUUGAGUGUGAUUCACAAUCUCAGUCCAGAAGCAAGGCAUCUGCCUUUGGGAAUAGUUGGCCACAGCUUGAAUCUGCAGUUGAUAACCACUUAACUUUCUGCACAGAUUCUUCCUUCAACAGAGAAGCUUCCAAUAUUCAUAACAAGGAAUUCAAUGCCAACCUUACAUUUUCCACUAGCUCAAGCUUGCCCUCAUGGCUCCAACAGCACAGGGAAGAGACCAGAAGAAUCACCAUUGAUGACAAGGAAUCUACUGAAACCAGUCAUCUAAGCAAGAAAUGGAACUCUUUUUGCAGUUCAGUUCAUAAAGAGCCUUACCAUUCACAGAAAACCAUAAAAUUUGCUUCAUCUCCUCCUUCCCCCAAAUCGGUAUCUUCCCAAGAGUGCAACAACUUCUUAAAUCAAACACAUUUAAACUGGCCCGCCAAUUUCGAGCCAAGGCACUUUCUGAAAGAGCGGAAGAUUUGGAUGCCCAAAUGUACCAAUGAAGGCUCUGAAAGCAAUUUGAUUAAUGGUCCCAAACCAGACCUUUUAUCAAAUCCUAAUUCUAGCCCAAAUUCAGCUUCUUCAAGCGAGGCGAUGGAUGAUAAAGAAGGCCUGCAAAGCUUCAAGGAGUUCAAUGAUCAAAACAUGAAGAUUCUAUGUAAUAGCUUGGAGAAAAAGGUUCCCUGGCAAAAAGAUAUUAUUUCUGAAAUUGCAACCACAAUCCUGGAAUGCAGGUCUGGAAUGAGCAAGACAAAAUGCAAGUUGAAUCAAGAAGAAAAAAGGGAAGAAACUUGGCUUCUUUUCUUAGGUGUUGAUUCUGAAGGAAAGGAGAAAAUUGCAAGGGAGUUAGCCAGACUGGUUUUUGGCUCUCAAGCCAACUACGCAUCGAUUGGUGUAAGCAAUUUCUCAUCAACAAGAGCUGAUUCAACUGAGGAAUUCAAGAACAAGAGACCAAGAGAUGAGUUGGGUAGCAGCUAUCAUGAGAGAUUUGGCUUGGCCUUGAAUGAGAAUCCACACCGUGUGUUCUUCAUGGAAGAUUUGGAGCAAGUUGAUUACUGUUCUCAGAAAGCUAUCAAGCAAGCAAUUGAAAGUGGAAGAUUAGCACUUCCUGAUGGUGAUAAUGUUCCUCUGAAAGAUGCCAUUAUCAUUUUCAGCUGCGAAAGUUUCAGCUCGGUGUCAAGAGGCUGUUCACCCCCAAGAAGGCUAAAAAUUGGUGAAAAAGAAGGUAACAAGGAUGAAGAAAAUGAAUCAGAAGACAAAAAUCAAGUUGUCUCACUUGACUUGAACAUUGCCAUUAAAGUUGAAGAUGAUGGAGAUGAAUAUUAUAAUAUUGCUGAAAAUGGAAUCCAGCAGAUUGUGGAUAGGCAGAUUAUUUUCAAAAUCCAAGAACUGUGAUGGGCAAUUUUUCAUCAUUUUUUUUAAUUUCUUUUUAAUCUUUCGGUAUAUUUGUUUUAAUUGGGGGGAAAGAAAAAAGAAAUUAAACUAACUUGGGAGACAGGAAAAUGUUUCUGAUCAUUUUAUAUGGAGGAGGCUUGACAGGAUUUAGCAAUGCAGGUCUGUUGUCCAUUUUUUUUUUUUAUUAUAAAAUAUUUUUUU